AUGCACACCAAGUUCCUCGCAAGCAGCCUUAUGGCUUUCUGCCUGUCGGCGACAGCAGCAGCAGCAGCAAAGGAAUUCCCCAAAGCACCUGUCACGACGAACAACAACCCUACCGUCCAGCUCAAGGCGGAGCUGCUGGACAAAAGUAACACGACUGUUCGCGGCCAGGUUACUGCGUUUGCCUUGCCUGAUACGGCUGGUAUCAAGAUUAAUGCUCGGUUUACGGGUCUUCCUGAUGGAAAGCCGUUGAAAUACCACAUCCACGUCAACCCCGUCCCCGAAAACGGCGACUGCUACGCCACAGGCGGCCACCUGGAUCCCUACAAGCGCACCGACACGCCCCCCUGCGACAUCAACGCGCCCGAGACCUGCGAGGUCGGCGACCUCAGCGGCAAGCACGGUCCCAUCUGGGCGGCUAAAGGCGAGGGCUUCGAUACCUUGUACACGGACUAUUUCAUCUCGACUGAGGUCGGCUCGCCGGCGUUCUUUGGUGGUCGCUCGCUUGUGGUCCAUGCUGCGGACAAUACGAGGCUGAACUGUGGGAAUUUUGAGGUUCAAGGUGGGGUUAUCAGGGGGUUGGGGGACUUUCAUGAGGGGGGGUAUUGA